AGAAACCUAUAUUAAAAUAAUAUCCAUUUUUAAAGUGUCAAAAUCAAAUCACCAUCAUUUAAGAAACACAACAUGGGUAUUUCACUUUUAUGCAAAUUCAGAUGGAGUAAACCGCAAAACCUGAUUCACCAGGUGUCCUCGCAUGUCGACUCAAUGAGUCCCGGUUCUGUUUAGUGAGAAACUCAUCAAGGGUUGUAGACUGCAGCCAUGUGAAGCAGAAAAUUCUGUUACAUGACUCCCCAUACCUGUUGGCCUUUAGCCACAGAGAGGCCUGCUGAAUGGAGCCACUGGACUGUUGAUUAUUAACAUGUAAUUGGCAACUAGCUGCACUAUGUUCAAUGGGGCGAAGCCAGCCACUUAACUCUCUCGGGUCCACUUAACUGCAGCGGUGACCUUUCACUCGGGUGAGCUGUGUAGUCACUCAUUUAUUUGUGUCUAAACUAAAAUCGAACAUCAAUUUAUGGGAGCAUAGGCAGUUGUGAUGCAAGCAGAGAUGUUUUACUAUUGGCUCUUUUUGCUAUAGAUUUUACAUAAAGCUCAUUUUAGCAAGACAGUUUUGUGUUUACCAGGAAAUGUUUUGUUGUCUAGAUACGUAAAAUAAGCAGCAUACUGUUCAUAUUGAGCCACAGCACUCUGAUGCCAAACAUUUAUCCACCUAAAAAAACUAAAUUCAGUAAGCGAAAGGAAAGGGCUCUAAUUACAGAUAACAAAGAAUAAACAAUAAACCUUAGUGUUUGCUUGGCGUAGAAGCCAAACAUGAAUUAAGUCAGGAGAAGUAACUAAAAGAGCAGCUGUUCUACCAAACAUCCUCUCUAAUCCACGGUUAUGAUGGAGGAUUGUAAACAAAGGUUUAUGUGCAGUAUUGAUGUUUCUUGCUUUGCUGAUGGUCACUUCAUGCUGCCUAAAGCUGAGCAUGCACAUACAGUGACCCCUGUCCGGAAGCGGUGUCACGUCGCAUUCAGUGUUGAGUCUCCAGGGACCCCUCCUCGGGAGCUGGCAUAUAAAACGAGUGACCCGCCCCUCCCGGACACAUGAGAUCCAUCCCGGCCCGACGCGCCUCUGCUGCCUGUGCUUCAUGGAUGCUUCAGCACUUCAGCAUCCUCAGUCCUGCCCAGCUCAGCGGAAUUAACACUGUGACAAGGACACAUCAGAACACGCUCUCCUCUUCACGCAUCACUGCACACAGCAUGCCGGAAACUGGCUUGAUUGUUACCAUAGCAAUGAGAGGGCUUGUCCCUGUCUGGGACAGCAGCCAUGGACCACACCCCAACCUGCCACAGCCUCCAGAGAUGCGCGGCCACUACACGCCACGCACGCUAUACUAGAGUGUUGCCAGAGCUGCCAUGGCGAACAGAGGGCCCAGCUAUGGACUGAGCCGGGAGGUGCAGGCAAAGAUCGAGCAGAAGUACGACACAGACCUGGAGCAGCGGCUGGUGGACUGGAUAGUUGCACAGUGUGGAGGAAACAUGGAGAGGCCACAGUCGGGCAGGGAGAACUUCCAGAAAUGGCUGAUGGAUGGAACAAUCAUCUGCAGGCUCAUCAACAGCCUUUAUCCGAGGGGGAAGGAGCCGAUCAAGAAGAUUCCAGAGACGCAGAUGGCCUUUAAACAAAUGGAGAAGAUCUCUCAGUUCCUGCAAGCAGCUGAAUCGUACGGAGUCUCAACUACUGACAUAUUUCAAACUGUGGACCUCUGGGAAGGAAAGGACAUGGCAGCAGUGCAAAGAACUCUUAUGGCUCUGGGGAGCGUGGCAGUCACUAAGGACGAUGGUCAUUACAGAGGUGACCGAGACUGGUUCAACAGGAAAGCCCAGGGGUAUCGUCGAGAGUUCAGCCAAGAGCAGCUCCGCCAAGGUCAGAGUUUGAUCGGCCUGCAGAUGGGCAGUAACCGCGGGGCUUCCCAAGCUGGUAUGACGGGCUACGGCAUGCACCGUCAGAUCAUGUAGACCACUUCCUAACUACCCUGCUGCCUUGCUUCCAGACCUUGUUUUCUACUAAUACCACACAAGUUGUAGCUCCAGAACCUCCAUAUCCUCGCUAGCACCUGCCAUGUUAACCUCAAUCUCCCUGGAAUUGCGGCUUUCCCCAAACAGAGUGUUCUAUCUUUAAAAAAGAAAUGAUGUCAAAUGCUGUAGAUCUUCUUCUUUAAACCCCCCUUCCCUUUUGCCAUGUGCUGUUCCCCAUCGAGCUUUGUCUACAUGAUUACCUAACGUCAAAAUCAAAGUCAUUCAACAUCAAUUUAGUUUUAAGAAUUUAAGAUUAAAAUCUCUUUACAAAACAAGCCAUCAGUGUUAUGUAUAUUUUAAAUGUGAAAUACUGUAAGACACUGUUCCAGCAUGCUGUGUGCUAUUUAUUAGUAUUUAUGUAUACAUUUACAUGUACCAUUGGUCAUUGUUUUAAGAUGAUCUGUGUAGUUAUUUAGCCUUAACCCUAAUGGAACUCAAUGACCGGCGAUGUCUCUGCUAUCUUGUCUGAAGGCUUGUUGCAGUAUCCUCCCUAACCAAAGCAGCCUCACGUUGUGCCUGGUUAUAGGACUACAGAGACUGGCUCUUUAUAUAUUAGCCUCAAAUUCUAAAUGAGUCUUUCAUUCUGAGCCAUGCCCUUGUUAUUUGUUUGUUAGAUGAUAUCCAUGAUGUGUCCAUGCACGUGAAUGUGCAGCAGCCGACAUGUAUGUUUCUAUUCCUGGUGUCGGGUACAGACAUUGCUUGAAUGUGCACCUUUUAUGUAUCGUCAUGUUUAUAUUUUUAAUUAUAUUUAUACAUGGAGGCUUGUGAGAAGAUGUAUUGACAAAAUAAAGUAUGUGAACAUUUAUUUGUCCCAUGAACUGCUCUCUGUUCUGUUUGUAUCUUGUGUGUACAAAUGUGUAUAUACGUUGGUUUUUAUGCUUUUACGGAAUGUUUCUAACUUGUAAAGCAUCUUUGUGUAUCUAGAAAAGCACUAUAUAAAUUAAAUGUAUUAUUAUUAUUAAAACUCAAGCUGGGUAUCUUGA